AUGACACCUCGUAAGACUCUUCAUACUAAUGUACCAGAGAAAGCUUUUUAUCUCCAUCAGGCAGGUGAACUUUCUGUGGAAGGCAUACAAGACCCAUUCCUUGUUAGUGUACAUAUUAUCACAGAUCCAGGUGAAUCCAAGGCUCUUCAGCAAGCCAUCGAUAAGCUUCUAGCCUGGAUCCAUCCAGACCUCCAGCUGUUUCGAGUCUCAGAAAGACGAGUGCCCAAGAAGCGCAGGAAACCAGGGAAAGCUGGUGUUUCUCAGCCAGCCCUUGCCAUCAUUCUGUUUCUGCAGGAAGAAUAUGGAGAAGAACCUAUCUUGCAGCUCCACGAAACCUUUCAGCGGCCACCUUGGCAUUACCACCACACAGAGCGAGUGCAUGGGAAGUUCCUCCCUUACAUGCCAUGCAGCCAGGACUUUUACACUUUGGCUCCAGAGACUCCUCUGUGGGCCAUUCGCCCAGUGCACUACGGGAAAGAAAUUAUCCGCUUCACUAUAUACUGCAGGAGUGAAAACUUUGUCGACAUUUUGAAAUUGUAUGAGUUAAUACUGAAAAGACCAGUAUGUCAGAAAAAAGCAGACUUUUGUGUUUUUCCUGUCUAUUCAAACAUGGAAAUAGACAUUCAGUUUUCUUUAAAAAAACUUCCGAAGGGCCAGGUGCCAAUGCCGACAGAGUCAGCAGUGCUGGAGUUCAGAGUAAAAGAUGUGGGGCAGCUUGUGCCUCUCUUGCCCAACCCUUGCAGCCCCAUCAGUGAAGGCAGGUGGCAGACCGAAGACCAUGAUGGAAAUAGGAUCCUUUUGCAGCAAGCACGCAGUUGGUGUAGGAAGUCUGCAAAGCAGAACAAGCAAUCAUAUCCAUCUGUGUCAACAGAUUCCCGCUUCACCACUCUGCCAGGCUUUCUUCCUCAGAGCCACCAAGCUGUCCCUGAACAACCAAAAGAAAUGGGUCAAAACAAGGUACAUCACACAAAGGGCCUUGGUCACCAUCUUGGUUUCUCCCAGCAGGACUUGAGACACAGUGAUCAAGGCGACUUCACACGCAGAUCCAGCAGUGCCUCCAGCGUUGCAUGGUCAUUUCAACGAAGCAAGUCUCUGUUCUGCUUGCCGACAGUGAGCUCCUCCUCAGCCUCAGAGACUUUUCAUUUCAGUGAACCAUUUCAGUUUUUAAAUACUGGGUCACCUGCAACCAGGUUAAAAACAUGGAGAUGCAGCCCCAGGCUUAACAUUGAUGACUUAGAGGGUGCCCAGGAGACUGAUGUAGACACAGGGAUGAAGCUGUCCUUCUCAGACCUGUCUGUGGUCUCUGCAUACUCUGCCCUUAAUGGAUUUUGCAAUGACUUGGAAGCCUCUCUUCCCCCACAGAAGCAAACUGUCGGUAAGACUAAACAGGCAGCCACUAGUGGAAGGCCUGUAUCAGCCACGUGCAAUACCUUUGAGUCGGUUGACAGUUCAUUGCCUUCUCUCUCUGAAUGGUCUUCCAGUUUAUUCACAUCAGCAUCUGUCUCCAAGCAGCCCAAACAGUCCUCAAGAACAGCUUCUUGUUCUCUGGAUGAUCAUGGUAGUGUUUGCCCAGCUUCACCAGCUAACGAAGAAGAAUUUUACAUCUGA